UUCUCUUCCUGAAAAUUUUUGCUUAAACAUUUUUUUUUUUUUUUAAAGUAAAGACCACUAGGCUUUUCACCCCCUAGUGGCUUAUUUUAUUAAUCAACGGAUAAAACAACAAAAAAACAAAUGGUGCCAUGUCUGUUCAACUGAUCAAAAUAGGAAAGUCAGAAAACAAGUUAAAAUUGAAGGCCUUCGCGGGUGUAAAUCUGAUCGGAUCCGCCGUCGUCGCCACCUCUGGAGCAGCUGCCUUUGAUCCUUCCACUGAUUCCAUGUCCUCUGCUCACAAAUCCGAGAGCUUGCAGGAUGGCUUCAGCUUCAGCAGCUUAAACAUUUCAACAACCUGGAUGACUUCUUUUAAACAUUAUUCAGUUCAAUGUCUAAACUCUUUUAUAAAUAGAGUCCCUGAAGUUGUUCUGUAUAUGAAGAAGACAGAGCUCUCAAGAUUGGGGAACAUGGCCAACAAUAAUUCUCUUCCAUCACCAGUAGCCAAAAGGCUUGAAGGUAAAGUAGCACUUAUAACAGGUGGAGCUAGUGGCAUAGGAGCAGCCACAGCUAGGCUCUUUGUUCAACAUGGUGCAAAAGUUACUAUUGCAGACAUUCAGGACAACCUAGGAACUUCCUUAGUACAAGAAAUUGGAACAGAACACAUGAUAUUUGUCCAUUGCAGUGUCGCGAUUGAAUCAGACGUUCAAAAUGCUGUUGAUGUAACAGUUGCCAAAUUUGGUAAGCUCGACAUAAUGUUCAGUAACGCUGGUAUAGCGGAUAAGCCAAAUUCCAGUAUCUUAGAAGUAGAUUAUGAUAUUAUUAAGAACGUGUUCGAUGUAAACGUUGCUGGCUCGUUCUUCUGCGCGAAACAUGCUGCUAGAGUGAUGAUUCCAGCCAAGAGAGGUUCAGUUAUCUUUACAGCUAGUGCUGCCGCAGUGGUCUAUGGUAUUGCCCCUCACGCAUAUGCGGCAUCUAAAAGUGCAGUUUUAGGGCUUUCCAAGAACAUCGGAGUAGAAUUAGGAAAGUAUGGAAUAAAAGUUAACUGUGUUUCUCCUCAUUACAUUAGCACACCACUUGUGUUGAAUGCGUUUGGAAUAGCUGAGAGACAAAUGGCGGAACAAUGGUUGGCGGAAGGAGGAAAUUUAAAAGGAGUUUUACUAGAUGAAGAGGAGGUGGCAAAAGCAGUGUUGUACUUAGCAAAUGAUGAUUCCAAAUACGUGAGUGGUAUUAAUCUAGUUCUUGAUGGUGGUUAUAGUACCACAAAUGUGGCUUUAUCAGAGGCCCAUAAGAAAAUAUUUCCAUCAGCUACUACCCAUCAGAGUCCCAACGAAGCAGUGUAAUUUUUUACUUAAAAAGUAUGUGGGGAUGAAUAAAUAUCUGUACGGUUUCCUUCAGCAUCUAUCUGCUAUAUAGAACGUGUGUGUGACGAAAUAUGUACUUAUCAGAAUUAUAUUUUGGUAAAAUGCAAGGGAAGUUAGAUUU